UGCACAUAUGCUGAGUGUCAGAGUCAGGAUGAAGUGACAGCCUGAGGAGGACCCACUCUGCGUCACCUGCAGUAAUAGAGUGUCAGCCCAGACAGGCCAGCCGCAUCAGACUGAUGAUUCAGCAGAAAUCAUGCAAGUGCCCCACACACAGCCACACACAGUUCCCCCACAGCUCUUUAAAUGAUACAUGGAGAGGAAAAUGUCUGUGUGUGCUGCAGAGAGGGGAGGGCUUACAGUAUAUGCUGGAUCCAGAAGUAGAGAGAGGUUUUACAAAGGAGGCUGUGCAUGCACUUUGGGCACACUUUAGCUACUGCAGCAUGAUAAUGCCCUCUCUUGGAGAGCGAGGAAGACGGAUGAUGAUGAUGAUGAUGAGAGAGUAUAUGAGGUAACGGGAAGAGUUGGCUUCACUGAGUCGGGAUGGAGAUAAAAAGGGAGAGGCGUCAGAGUGAGGGAAUAGGAGGUUGAAGACGCUGAGUAAUUGUGGGUGCAGAGUGCGUGACAUUUUUUUACCAUGAGGAGGAGCUGCGGAGCUGAAAAGCCUGGGUUAAUCUGCUGCAUUCUAAUCUAAUCCUCGCAUUUAUGGUUAAAGUCUUCUGCCUGUAAUGAAGGAAUGAAAACAAAUCGAUUUGUUUUAAGCCAUGAGCGGGGAGGGGGGAGAAAAGAGCUUUGGGCAUUAAACUGCAGCACCGAGCCUGCACAUGUUUUUGUGUGUAUGCAGUGGACUAACAUGUGAACCGGCUCCACUGUGCACUCCUGGAAUGACACAGCAGAGAUCUGUCGUUAUUGAUCAUCUGGCUGCAACACAUUUCUCUGUAGAAAUUGGGAGACCGAGGUACAACGCCAAGGUCAAAUUUCCUUUGCUCAGCACGUUUCUUCCACCUGAGUGUGCAGUGUGUCCUUGCGUCAAAGCUGACAGAACUCAUGGUCAUAUGAAUCAUGGUGUAUUUGUGGUGUAUAAUGCCUGGCAGAGAGUGUGUUUCACAGGGCAUUUAAGGUACAGUGAGGGGAUGGAUGAUAGAUUUCUACUUCCUUAGUCAUAUUUCUUCACUGUAGGGCCCAGUCCUCUUUUCUAUUAUUUCUCAUUUUGCUCCAUCGGGACCUGGGAAGAAAAGGUGAUCCAAACCUCCAUGAGCGCCUGACACUGUCAUUUAGUUUGAGGAAGGGUAGAAGAUGAGUCUGACUGGAGGCGACAGGCAGAUCAGAUGGGAAGAGGCGAUGUAGAGGAAAGGUAUCCAGUGUCGGGACAGGAUCCAACAAAGUGGAGACAAAUGUUGGCAGACCUGGCUGUUUCCAUUUGAGUUUGGCUGCAAGGGUAUGCUCACAUCUCUUGGAGGAGAAAAGCAAGGACGGAAGGAGAGGAAAGAUGCUAAUGCAGGGGUUUGGAAAUAUAGAGGAAAGAGCCUCUUGUUGGUUUUGGAUCAGAUAAGAGUUGUGCUAUAGAUGCUGUCAUCGCUGCCGAAUCACCAACUGGACCAUAUUGUGAUUCAGGGUCUAAUUGUCUCAGGAAAAUAGGGCACCUGACAUCUCACAGACAAAAGUAAAAGUCAUCCUGUGGCCUGUGACCAAUUUCUGCAACUGUCUUUUGCAUUUUCAUCUUUCUGUGAUUUUAAGAACAAACUGAAACACCAGAACACCUGUUAAGGUCAGACUUACAGCUCUAUUCAAUGAUUUUUGAAACCUUUUCCUUCAAAUAAAACCCAAUUUAUCCAUAUUUUUAGCCUGUUUAUGUUUGAAACUCUGGUGUUAUUAAGCGCUUACUAAAAAGGAGACAGCGUUUAUCGCGCAGCUCAACGUAAGGGCAUCACACGUUUACCCUCUGCGUUGACACAAGCAAGAUUAGGCCAAAAAAUAUCGUCAGAUUUAAUAGCCCGGGAGCUGAAGAACGACACCCAGCAGAUGGGCGAUGGUCCUAUCAGUUUAAUAACCCCAAUUCAGAAUAACAACUCACACUAGAGUGACACCACAGCCAUGGUGUGACUUUGACAGAAACACAGAAAUAUGAAGCAAUGAAGGGCAGAUACAUGCGUGCAGGUAUGAAGGCACACAAAAAUAUGAUUGUGACACAUUUUACGAGAUGGUCCUCUACUUAUAGUACCUUUAGUGAACUGCUGUUCCCAUCCAAUCAGUGAAGAAAUGAGACUUGUAAAGAGGCUAUGCUGUAAUCACAAUGUGGAAUAUGGAACAUCUAUUUGUUUUAACUGGUAAAAAACACAAAAGAUAAUUCUACUGUGAUUUGAAUUAAUUGGAUUCUUCUAAGUGAAACUGUAUUUUUUUCUUUUUGUCUCAUUGAUGGUGAAACCUCUAAUGAAACUCAGGUUACAAUGCCAAGAACUGCCUCAUUUGCAGGAUCAUUUGUGAAUGCUGCAUCAAUUAAUAACUCCUGUUUUUUUUCCCCCCUCUCUCGCUCUUUUUCUUUUGUUUUUAACUGCAGAAGAAUGUGUGGAUCCCCUGUUGUCGGGGCUUUAUGCCUCCUCUUUCCUCGCUUCCUCCAGAUAUAACUUUCUGUACUCGGCCAAUUUUGCCAAAUUGUACGGCAGCAGCGGCUGGUCACCAACCCCUACGGACAAGCAGCCGUGGCUGCAGAUUGACCUGCGCAGGAAGUACCGCCUGCGGGCCAUUGCCACUCAGGGCACCUUUAACUCAUAUGACUGGGUCACGAAGUACGCGCUGCUGUACGGAGACAGACCGGAUUCCUGGACCCCGUACAUCAUGAGAGGAGGAAACUCUACUAUGCCUGGCAACUGGAAUUAUUAUCAGGUGAAGAGGAAUGUCUUCCAUUACGAAUUUACCGCUAAACACAUCCGUCUGCUCCCUCUGGCAUGGAACACAGAGAACGGAGGGAAGAUUGGUGUGAGGCUGGAGCUGUUUGGCUGCCCAUAUGAUUCCCACGUGCUCCAGUACAACGGGGACGAUUCGGUGUUCUACUUGUAUCCAGAAAAGAGGUCCCGCACUUUGCACGACCACAUCACCAUCAACUUCAAGACUCUGGAGCAGGACGGGCUGCUGUUGCACAGCGAGGGGAUUCAGGGAGACAUUUUCACCCUGGAGCUGAAGAGAGGCCGUCUCCACCUGCAUAUCAGUCUUGGAAGCAGUGUUUUGCACAAAGUAAAUGGUCGGACUACUCUCAUAGCCGGCAGCCUCCUUGAUAAUCUACACUGGCACUAUGUCACCAUCAAGCGCUAUGGGAGACAGGUGAACUUCACGGUGGACAGUCAGAGAGUAACAGCCAUCUGUAACGGAGAGUUUACGCACAUGGAUUUAAACACGAAGCUGUAUGUGGGAGGAGUAAUAGAGGAAAACCUCCCGCACCUCCCUACCACACCAAAUUUCCGCGGUUGCCUGGAGAACGUCUUCUUCAACGGCAUCAACAUCAUCGACAAGGCCAAGAGAGAAGACACUGAUGUCCACAUACCAGGAAAGAAAAAGAUGCACUUUGCCUGCCGUGACAUUCUCCUGCGCCCCAUGACCUUCGCUGGGCCCAACAACUUCUUGCAAGUGCCAGGCUUCUUCAGAAGGUCUCGUUUGGCUGUCAAGUUCAAAUUCCGUUCGUGGGACUACACGGGGCUGCUUAUGUUCACACGCUUCGCCGAUGACCUCGGCGCCCUUGAGCUGGGUCUGAGUGAGGGACAGAUCAACGUGACAAUAUUCCAGCCGGGAAAGAAGAAAAUCCAGUUUGCUGCAGGAUACCGGCUAAAUAAUGGGUAUUGGCAUACAGUGGAUCUGGCAGCCAGAGACAACCUUCUGACCCUCACAAUUGACGAAGAGGAGGGCUCUCCACUGAAGAUCACCAACCCCUUCACAGUUAGAACAGGGGACCGCUACUUUUUUGGAGGUUGUCCGAAAACAAAUAACACAAUAAGGAAGUGCGAGACUAAGCUGAAUCGCUUUCACGGUUGCAUACAGCACAUCUUCAUAGACGACGAGCAGCUUGACAUUGAUAUAAUUCUGGAACGAAAGUGGGGGCGCUAUGCUGAGCUGCUCUUUGGAACCUGUGGCAUCACCGACAGGUGUACUCCAAAUCCAUGUGAACACGAAGGCCGGUGCAUCCAAUCGUGGGAUGAUUUUAUUUGCCUCUGUGAGAACACGGGAUAUAAAGGAGAAGUGUGUCACAUGUCGGUUUACAAAGAGUCGUGCGAAGCCUACAGACUCAGCGGCAAGUAUUGGUCUGGAAACUACACCAUUGAUCCUGAUCUCAGUGGACCCCUGAAGCCAUUUGAGGUGUACUGCAAAAUGAAGUCUUAUAAAGCUUGGACGGUGAUUAUGCACGACCGAGUGGAUGGCACCAAGGUGACAGGGAGUUCAAUAGACCGGCCGUAUAUCGGCGAUGUCAAAUACUGGAAUGCCUCCUGGGAUGAAGUCACCGCUCUGGCUAACACUUCCAUGUACUGCGAGCAGUGGAUUGACUACUCCUGCUACAAGUCCCGUCUUCUCAACACCCCGAAUGGAAGGCCGUUUGGUUACUGGAUCGGUCGCAACAACGAGACUCACUAUUACUGGGGUGGGACAUUCAGAGAGGUCCACAAGUGUGGAUGUUCUGUCAACCAAACCUGCGUCGACCCCAAGUUUCAGUGCAACUGUGAUGCUGACUAUAGACAAUGGUACUCAGAUAAAGGUUACCUGGACUUUCGAGACCAUCUGCCUGUGAGGAGAGUGGUGGUCGGGGACACCAACAGGACCGGCUCUGAAGCACAGUUUACUGUUGGGCCCCUCCGCUGCCAUGGAGACAGAAACAUCUGGAAUACAAUAGCCUUCACCAAACCCGCCUACAUCGCCUUCCCCACUUUCAGGCCGGGGUCCAGCGCCGACAUCUCCUUCCACUUCAAAACAUACCGUGGUAACUGUGUCUUCUUGGAGAAUUCGGACGAACACCUACGAAACUUUAUACGGAUAGAGCUCAACAGUACCCAUGAACUUGUAUUUGUAUUUAUGGUCGGUGAUGGCAUCCUUAAUGUGACCCUACACUCUCCUGUGGGGCUCAAUGACAAUGAGUGGCACUUUGUCCAGGUUGAGAUUAACGUGAAGUUGGCCAGGAUUAAGGUCGAUUAUCAGCCUUGGGCUGUGAAACGUUUCCCUGGUCAGACCUUUAUCACCAUGAACUUUACUCAUCCUCUCCUAGUAGGUUCAGCGAAUCGCACGCUGAGACCGUUCUUGGGGUGUAUGCGAGGGUUACGGAUGAAUGGUGUUCCUCUGGAUCUAGAGGGUAGAGUAAACGAAGAACAGGGUAUACGGAGGAAUUGUACAGGAGAGUGCCUCAAUGCUACCAUACCUUGUCGAAACAGUGGGCAGUGUAUUGAGGGUUAUGCGUCCUACACGUGUGACUGUAACAACACAGCCUUUGAUGGUUUCUACUGCCAUAAAGACAUUGGGGCCUACUUUGAAAUCGGUUCCUGGUUGAGGUACAACAUACGGAAGAAGCCUACAUCGGAUGAAGCGGUGUGGGCCAACUGGAUUGACCCACACUACGACAAUUUCAGCCUCGGUUACAACGACACAGCGGAUGACAUAGAGUUCAGUUUCAGCACUGUCCACACGCCGGCUGUGUUGCUCUACAUCAGCUCCUUCGUCCAGGACUACAUCGCCGUCAUCCUGAAGAAGGACGGAAGUGUUGACCUGAGGUACAAGCUGGGACUUAGGACACAGACGUACCAGUUGACUCACCGAAACCUGGCAGAUGGAUACCCGCACUAUGUCAACAUAACCAGACACAACAGAACCAUCAAAACACAGGUGGAUUAUAUGGAACCCAUAGUGGAUAAAAUAACCUUAGUGGAGGAUGCUAGGUUUGACUCUCCAAAGACCAUGUUCCUCGGCAGAGUUAUGGAGGUUGGUGACAUUGACUACGAGAUUCAGAGGCUUAAUGCUCCAGGCUUCAUUGGCUGCAUAUCCGGGGUGAGGUACAACGUCUAUGCCCCUUUAAAGGCCUUCUUCCGUCCAAAUGAAACAGAUCCUCCGGUAACGACACAAGGCUACGUCUCUGAGUCCAACUGUGGCGCCUUCCCUCCCGUCUUGGGUUAUGUACCUUGGGAGGUAGACCCUUGGUUUACGGGCAUAGAAUAUAUUUAUAUCCAUGAUGAUCUUGGCCUGUUUUGGAUAACAGUCAUUGCGAUCCUGGCGCUGCUGCUGCUCUUCGCGGGCCUGUACAGCAUCUAUGUGUACGCGUAUCAGCAGAAAGGCAGCUACCGCACCAACGAACCCAAGAACCUGGAGUCUCCGAGCAGCGCCCGCCCUCUGACCGAAUCCCUGAGAAGAGAAAAAAAGAACCUCCCACAAAUCGACGAGGACUUCAGGAGUGACUAGCAUCACAGGACCUGUGGGACAGCGUGGGUGGGGUUUGACCAGGGGUCGGGCAAGAGGGAAAUAGCAUUUACAACAACCACAGAUACCUGUAUUAAUUUUCUAAUCCCUUUUUAUUUUUGACAUUUCAGUUUGUUUUCCUUGCCCCAUGUUGAGUGGGAUCUGAUGCCUGGUGCUCUAUUGUAUAUGUAUAUUUGGUAAGUUCAAGUUUUGUUGGGUUCGGAGUUCAAAUCAAGCCCCGUGCUGCGUGACACGUCUCACACUGUGUUGCAGGUUGAAAUAAUGAAGUGCCUCAUCUGAGCAAGCUGGAUCUGAAGCGGCCACAAGCGCUUGUUCAGAUCAGGGUCGUGGAUCAAAAGGAUAUUGAGGUGGUGUCAGAGUACAACAUCGGUUCGGAGUAUUCACGCAUUUUAUCGGUCGUUUUUUUUUUUUUCUGAGCUGUUUUUGAGAGCAACUAAUGCCACCAAUACAUAUAUCACUGCAUAGAUUUACCUUUUGAUGACAAUCUCUCAUUCUUCUGUAGCUCUGAGCACACCUGAGAGCUGCUUUACCAAACCAGCUCUUUAAAAACAAACGGAAAUUAACCGGUGUUCCUAAGUAAAAACAACAACCAACCGACGAGACAGCAAGCUGACAAGCAUGGAGCUUUUGAGAUGAUACAUAUUAAGAUCGUAAAAAAGGUUAUAUGCUUAUAUUUGUUGUAUUCCAGCCUAUAGCGGUGCAUUAUCUAUACACAAUGGCACUCGUUGAAAUUGCUCAGAAUUGCCAUGUAAUGUAGUGUCAGUAGAUAGCAGCUUUGCCAAUUGCAAUGCGCUCACAUUCUCAGAUGCUUCGGGAAAUGAGAGUGUGAUGAGUUGUUGGAUACUGUACCUCUGGGUGUGAAAGUUAGCAGACUGCUGGUGUACUGCAGAGUCAGAACAGACAAGAAAUGAAGACAGGAGGUGUCAUAAGAGGUCGCCAGGGACCGAGUGACCCACAUAUGACCCACAUAUCCAAGGUCUCGUUUCCCUUCUCUCGUCUUACUUAUAUCAAGAAUCAAGCUGCCAAUAGCUUGGUGCUACAGAGUGUUUGACUCAGCAGAUGUUUUGCUGAGAAGAAUCAAAAAUCCUUUUUGCGUGACCCGAUAAUUAAGGAAAAAGAAAAAUCCGACAGGAAACAGCUGCUCCCUGUUGCCAUGUGGAGACACACGCACACACACAAUAACAUUAUGUACAGAGGACCACACAUGUGUAAAUGCUAGUCUUCUACUUCAAACUCACAGUGCUUGAAUGUUUUAAUAUAUCGCUGUAGGGACAGUCGCUGACCAUGCUGUCUUUGCUGCUGCUGCUGCUGCUUGUUUAGCUGCUACCAGUGGAAAAGUCUAGAUAUCGUUUUAUUUUGUUGGCAAGACGACAUUUAAUUUGACGUGUGCGGUGCAACCAAAAGCGUACUGUAGGCCCAUCAUCGCUCACCACCACUAAUACACUGUUUGUGAAAAAUACAAAAAUAAAAUCCUACAUUUGCAGCAUACGUAGAGCAUGAACGCACUUUGCAGAAACACACAAUAAUAUGAAUACUUUUUUUCAGCAUUUUAAUUGCACAUGCAAAAUAGCACAUAGGAUGUGACGCGUGUAUAUGUGAACAUUGUGCAAAGCAAAUUUUCUUUCAUUUCUACAGUUUAUACAGAAAAAAGGGGAAAGAGUUCAACUAUGAGAAGAAGGUGGAGGUGAUUGAAUGUAAACUCUUUGACUCUGCAUUGUAUGAACAGUUUUGCUGUUUUCACUGACGAGCUCCUUUUUGGCGCAAACUACUCAUGUUAGCUUUUAAGAGAACGCUCAGGAUACAGAAAGUGCAGUACUUUGUCCUUGGUAGCACGAAUAUACCUCCAUAAUCCAACAUGGUGGUUGGGUGUUGCAAACAGGGACAGGAUUGUUCAAAAUGUACAGUAGAUGUAAAAAAACAAAACAAAAACCAACCUGCAAUGACUGUAAAGGCACGACUUGCUGAUAAUGUAUGUAAA